UGGUAUUAAUUUCAUCAAAGAAACUGUAUACCACGCGGCUUUCCUCGCUGGGGGGGCAGACCCUGCAGAGGAUGAAGGGCAUAACCAUAGACAUGGAUGAUAUCGCUGCAAAUUUGUAGGGUUAGGAUGAUGUGUUGUACAGCGCUUUGCGUUUUCAAAGAAGUUGAACAGAAUUGGAAAGCAUCAGAGUUCCUAUUUUCUGGCUCUUAAUAGCUACAAGUGUAUGAUGAAGUACGAUUAUUUCACCCAUGAUGCGAACCGUCUACUCCCGCCCCGACAAAUGUUACACUCCUGGAGAGAAAACCAAUAUCAAUCCCCAUACUCGUGAAUAUCGAGCCUUACAGUAUAAUGCCAC